UCUUAAUAGUAAAACACAUUUACAUACGCAUUCCUUCAUUUGUUUCUGCUACGUUUAAUACAAUCGCAUAAGCGUAUAAACAAGUGACUGACAAACAUGUGGUUGAUAAUUGUACUCUGUUUAAUAUUAAUUUUAUUAUACUUUAAUAAAAGUAGAUCUUCUGAUUAUUGGACGAAGCAAAAGGUUUCGGUGGCGUCCGGACGGGAGUGGUUCUUUGGACAUUACAAGCAGGUGUUUUUGGUGAAGAAACAUAUAGCGCAUCUUUAUGCAGAGCUUUAUAAAGAGUUCCCAGAAGCUCCAGUGGUGGGAUACUAUCACUUGAACCAGCCUGCCCUAGUGGUUCGAGAUCCUGAAACCAUACGGACUAUCCUUACCACCGAUUUCGCCAACUAUGCCAACAACGGUUACCCGGUGGACAAAAAUCACGACGUCAUAGCAGGUUGGAACCCUUUCUUCACAAAAGGAGAGGACUGGAAGAUGUCCCGGAACCAUGCGACGCCGGCGCUCAGUACCUCCAAACUGAAGGGGUAUUUGCCCAGCAUUGUCAAAGUCGGAGACGAAAUGGUCAAGUAUUUGAGAAAUCUUCAAACGGCAGACAUGGAUCUGAAAGAUAUAACAACAAUGUUUACGACAGACGUGAUGGCAAACGCAAUAUGCGGUAUAGAGAACAACACUUUCGAAGACCGGAGCUCUUUCUUCGCCACCAUCACUGGAGAGAUCACGCGCCAACUCGAUCACACGGUUUGGGGUAACGUGAAAGAUCUAGCAGCGUCUGUUGUACCUGGGCUUAGUAGACUAAUGAAGCUACGGUUCACUACGAAGAAGCUAGAGAAUCUUCUUGUAUCUUUAACUCGUCAAAUCAUAAAGGACCGCACAGUUACUGGCAAUAAACGCAAUGACAUUUAUCAAGUCAUGAUGGCUUUCCGGGAUGGGGACGUUGAAGGAGUGUUCACGGAUGAGUAUAUCACCAGCCAAGUGUUCACGAUUCUACUAGACUUGUUUGAGACAUCGAGCAAUGCCCUCAUGAUAACCUUAUUUACUCUCGCGUGGCAUCCAGAACAUCAAAACAAACUACGCUACGAGAUUUUAGACCUAAAAUUGAAGACUAAAGGAGAAUACACACUGGAGGAUGUCGAGCAAUUUAAAUAUUUGGAUAUGGUUUUGAAUGAAUCUCUACGUCUCUACUUGCCUAUAUCUGUGUUAUCCCGGGAGUGUACUAGAGACUGCACCUUGGCUAUCCCAGGACGAGACCCUAUUCGAAUAAACGAAGGCACUCCAGUGAUAAUACCAAUCGGUAGCAUCCAAGUUGACCCCAAAUAUUAUCCAGAACACAAAUUCAACCCGGAACGGUUUUCUGAAGAAGAAAUCGCUAACAGGCCGAAGUUUACCUUUAUGCCGUUUGGAGAGGGACCUAAAAAAUGUUUAGGUAUGCGCCUCGCCACUCUCCAGGUGAAGGUGGCCAUAAUGAGCAUCCUGGAGCACUUCACACUGAAGCCGAGCGCCAGAACUACCUACCCCCUGGACAUCGAUCCGAGAACUUUCCUCUUCAGCCGCCCGACGAAAGGGGCGUGGGUUCAUUUUGAAGGAAUAAAAUAA